AAAUGACAUAUCGACAAUCAGCCGUCCACAACACCCACACAAAGACGUUGCAAUGUUUUGUCUAAUAUAAUUGUCAUUGUCUCAUUUCCCGCGGGCCAACUCAGCCUUUACGACGUGGAAAUGGUGCUGGGCUGCUUUGGCAGCUGCUGUCGUGGUGGCUACACAAAUAUCAAUCAGACGGGCCCACGAUUUGGUGUGCGUCACCUGCAAUGUAUUCUUGUAUUCUUUGGCCUGGCCGUGGCAUAUGCCCUGCGUGUUAAUCUUUCGGUGGCCAUUGUGGCCAUGACAGAUCGCAAUGCCAGCAAUCCAGAUUUCCCAGAAUUCGACUGGGACGAAAGUGUCAAGUCCUACCUGCUGAGUAGUUUCUUCUGGGGCUAUGUUGUAACUCAGGUCCCGGGUGGCUAUCUCUCCUCUAUCUAUGGAGCCAAAUAUAUGUUAUUCUAUGGAGUACUCAUCUGCUCUUGUUUGGGACUGCUGACGCCGUUUUGCGCCAUGACAGGUGGUUGGAAGCUAAUGGUAUUUUUGCGCUCCGUUCAGGGCCUCUGCCAGGGUGUCAUUUUUCCCUCCACGCACACAUUCCUCUCGAAAUGGGCGCCUGCCGAGGAAAGAGGCAGACUGGUGGGCUACUGUUACUCCGGUUCGCAAUUCGGCACCGUGAUAAUGCUAUCGGUGAGCGGAUACAUUGCUUCCUCUUCGCUGGGAUGGCCCAGCAUUUUUUAUGUACCCGGUUGUGUGGGUAUUGUUUGGGCUUUUGUAUGGUUAUACUAUUGCGCCAGCACACCAGCCGAACAUGCAGGGAUAACGCCAGCUGAACGAAGGCAUAUCGAGUACUCUGGCCAGGCAAGACGACCCUCGGAUGCAGGACGCGAAUCUACACAAUCUUCAAGCAUUCCAUGGUUGAAAAUAUUGACUUCAGGACCCUUUUUGGUCCUGGUAUUGGCUCAUUGUGCCAACAAUUGGGGUUUCUGGACAUUGCUCACUGAGAUUCCCACCUUUAUGAAAAGUGUCCUGGGCAUGGAUAUUAAAAAUAAUGGUCCAUUGUCGGCAUUGCCGUACUUUGCCAUGAUUUUGUUGACUUGUAUGUUUAUUUGGUUAUCGGAUGUGCUCAAGCAACGUGGCACUGCCGUGCCCCUGAGUUUCUCUCGCAAAUUCUUCAAUACCCUGGGCAUGUGGCUGCCAAUGGUGGCCCUCAUCGGCCUGGGUUACAUUACAGAGGGAGAGGCAAAUGUUAGACUGGCCAUAGCUCUGCUGACCUUGGCAGUGGCCACAAAUUCUGCCACAUAUCUGGGCUUCCAUGUGAAUCAUAUUGACUUGGCACCCAAUUAUGCUGGUACUCUAAUGGGUAUCACAAAUUGUGCGGCCAACUUUAUGAGUAUAUUAGCACCGCUCAUUGUGGGCUUGAUUGUCACUGAUGAGACAAAUCCUGCACAAUGGCGCAUUGUUUUCUUUUUUACCGCCUUCGUUUACUUUAUGGGCAAUACAUUGUUUAUGCUCUUUGGACGCACAAAUGUUCAACGAUGGAACAAUCCAAUGUCAAGGACAAGUCAAUCUGUGGCAACUCCCGAAAUGGUCGAGGAACAGUCACCGCUCAUAAGCUCAUAAAAUUAGGAAAAUUUUGAAAUGUGAAACUUUUGUACCUACUUGUAAUCAUGAGGCAGGCAUUCAAUGGAAUUGAUGGGUCGCUAAUUAGAAUUAAGCAAUAUUCCUAAGAUGACGAGGUCUUAAUGUGGCAGCGAUUUCAGCAUGACUUCAAUUCCUAUAUACAAUUACAUACGAAAAUUUGCCUUAUAUAUGUUAAUAUGACUAGCACUCGAAACAUAAGACCUCGUAUAAUUGUAUGUUGAUCUAUUGUAAUUGUAUUACUAGAUAUAGUUAUACACAUUCUCUCAAAAACAAUGAUACAUACCUUAUAUACAUACAUAUAUAUAUAUAUGUAUAUAUAUAUACAUGCUAUUUAUGUACCUAGCUAAUUAAUCAUAAUUAUAUAUGUUUACGCUUUUUGAGUGUAUUUAUA